AUGAAGUUCUUCUACGGAGCUCUGCUGGUGCUGGGCACAGCAAUGAUUGCCCAGGCGGCCGUGGCCCGCUCCAACGAUGAGACCGAGGAGGAGUCCGCCCAGCAGACCAAGUACCGCCUCUUCAAGCAGCCCGUGCAGAUCGAGGCGCGCAGCUUGCAGCAGCUGAUGGCCCUGAAGCAGCCCGCCUGCCCUCCGGCCAAGCCCACUGCCCCCACCACCACCACCACCGCGGGACCCACCACCACCACGGUGACGACCACGCCCACGGGACCCACCACCUCGACCGGCACCUCCACCACCACCACCACCCCCACCACGAGUGGAGCUGCCACUGGAACUGGUACUGGCACCUCUCGAAUGAUCAACCUCAACCACCCGGUGAACGAGGAGGACGAGGACGAUGACGAGGAGUUGGCCCAUGGCGAGGAGAAGUACCUCAAGGACCAGGAGGACGACGACGACCAGGAGGACGACGACAACGAGGACGAUGGCUUCCAGCUGGUGGCCGCCAAGGCCCAAGGCUCCUCCUCCACCUCCGGCCUGCGCCGCCGCGGCUCCUCCUCCUCCUCCUCCUCCUCCAGCGGCAACCUGUCCAACAGCCAGCUGAUGCGCGAGUUCGAGCUGCGCCGCCAGAAGGACCUGAACGAGCAGCUGCGCAAACAGCUGUCCGCCGCCCGCCGCCGCACCGUCCAGAGCCGCCGCCGCCAGCAGCAGAAGCGCCGCCAGAACCGCCGUCGCCAGCAGCAGAAGCGCCGCCGCCUGUCCCGCCGCAACCAGAAGCAGCGCCGCAACCAGAACCGCCGCCACCGCAACGCCAAGCGCCGCCAGCGCCGCAACAACCGCCUCAGCCGCCUGCGCCAGCGUCGCCGCCAGCGCCGCAACCGCAACCGCAACUGA